GCCUAUUGUGGAAAAACCGGAGGGGGUGGGAGACCAUCAGAGGGGCUGGACUUGGGAUGCCUACCAGGUAUCCACGAGCAAAUUGUCAGAUCAGAAGCGGGGGGAAUUAUGUCAUUUCGUCAAAGGAAUGAAUUCAAAAGGACUUCUUUGGGGGACUGAUUGACAGCAGAACUUGGGAAAGAGCGUAUAUAAAGGAAAGAGCUGCUGCUGCUGCCUCAAAGCCAGGAAGAGAACCUCAUUCACAGGAGACAGAGUCUGCCCACUGGAGACGACUUGGUGCCGGUACUUUACUUUCAAGAAAUUCAACUCAUCUUUUGGGGAUCUGACUGGGAACAUUAAAAUCACAGAUCAUCAGGAGAUACUUUGAUUUUCUCAGGAGUUAUGCUACAGAGAAGAAGAAUUUUGUGGCUUUCUGUCCUUCUAGCUUUGUGGACUUCCUUACAGGCUCAAGAUGCUGACAAGGAAGAUGACACUUCCUUCGAUCUAUUUGAAAUCAGUAACAUAAACCGGAAGACAAUCGGGGUCAAGCAGUUCCGAGGGCCGGUGACCAACAUCCCCACCUAUCGCUUUAUCCGUUUUGACCACAUCCCCCCGGUCAAAGCAGAGAUCCUGAAGAAGAUGAUUAAGAUGCUACGACAAAAUGAUGGCUUCAUCCUCACAGCCACUCUGCGGCAGGACAGGCAGUCCAGGGGCACCAUCCUGGCUUUGGAGGGCCCUGGAAUGUCUGAGAGGCAAUUUGAGAUAGUGUCCAAUGGCCGGGCCAACACGCUGGACUUCAUUUAUUGGGUGGAUGGCGCCCAGAAUGUGAUUUCCUUGGAGGAUGUUGACCUCGCCGACUCUCAGUGGAAGAACAUCACAGUACAAGUGACAGGGGAGAGCUUUAGCCUGCAUGUCGGCUGUGACCUCAUUGACAGCUUCGUUCUGGAGGAGCCAUUCUAUGAGCAGCUGAAAGCUGAGAAUAGUAGAAUGUUUGUGGCGAAAGGGUCCAUCCGAGAGAAUCAUUUCAGGGGUUUACUUCAAAAUGUUCGCUUAAAUUUUGAAACUUCUUUGGAAGACAUUCUAAACAAGAAAGGGUGUCAGCAAAGUCAACCAGCUGAAGUGAAUACCAUCAACGAGAGCACUGAAGUCCUCCACCUGACUCCUGAAGUCAUCACGGAGUUUGUGGGCCAAAAGCCAGAGAAAAAGAUUGAGUUUUGUGACCACUCCUGUGAGGAGCUGGGUAACAUGUUUACGGAACUCAGAGGCCUCCGCAUUGUAGUGAGCAAUCUUGGCGAAAACCUGCAGAAAGUGUCGGAGGAUAAUCGAAUUCUCUGGGAAUACAUUGGCUCGGUCCCCAAAUUCAAGAACCAGACAUUCUGCUGGCAAGAUGGCCGUGCUUUCGAGGAUAAUGAACAAUGGGUCGUAGACAGUUGCACCAAAUGCACAUGCCAGUAUUCCAAAAUUGUCUGCCACAAAAUCACCUGCCCAGCAGUCGCUUGUGCCAAUCCAUUCUUCGUUGAAGAUGAAUGCUGUCCUACUUGUGUCCACUCCAAAGAUGGUGAAGAAGGUUGGUCCCCUUGGUCAGAAUGGACAGAAUGCUCUGUCACAUGUGGUUCAGGAACCCAGCAGAGAGGAAGGUCAUGUGAUGUCACCAGCAAUGCCUGCAUCGGCCCAUCCAUCCAGACAAGGAUGUGCAGCCUUGGAAAAUGUGACAAUCGCAUCCGGCAAAAUGGUGGCUGGAGCCACUGGUCUCCUUGGUCUUCCUGUUCUGUUACCUGCGGGAUUGGCAAUAUCACACGCAUCCGUCUCUGCAAUUCCCCAGUCCCUCAGUUGGGUGGAAAAAACUGUAAAGGAAAUGGGCGGGAAACCAAGACAUGCGAAGGACCCCCCUGUCCCAUUAAUGGUCGUUGGAGCCCAUGGUCUCCCUGGUCUACCUGUUCAGUUACUUGUGCCGGAGGUAUCCGUGAGAGGUCUCGCCUCUGCAAUAAUCCCGAGCCACAGUACGGAGGAAAGGACUGUGUAGGAGAUGUCAAGGAACAUCAGAUGUGCAAUAAACAGGAUUGUCCAAUUGAUGGCUGCUUGUCAAACCCUUGCUUCCCCGGAGCAGAAUGCAGCAGUUUUCCUGACGGAUCCUGGUCCUGUGGCCCGUGCCCUGUUGGCUAUCUUGGGAAUGGCACUGUCUGUGAGGAUCUUGAUGAGUGUACUGUUGUCACAGAUAUUUGCUUCAAGUCAAACAACGUUCAUCGUUGUGUGAACACCAACCCUGGAUUCCACUGCCUGCCGUGUCCUCCACGCUACAAAGGAAGCCAGCCUGUUGGAGUUGGGCUGGAGGCAGCCAGAGUAGAAAAACAAGUGUGUGAACCUGAGAAUCCUUGCAAGGACAAGACCCACAGCUGCCACAAGCAUGCAGAAUGCAUAUACCUGGGGCACUUCAGUGACCCUAUGUACAAGUGUGAGUGUAAGACUGGAUAUGCAGGGGAUGGGCUCAUCUGUGGGGAAGAUUCAGAUCUGGAUGGCUGGCCCAAUAAAAACCUGGUCUGUGCUACCAAUGCCACUUAUCACUGCAUUAAGGAUAAUUGUCCACAUCUACCUAACUCUGGACAAGAAGAUUUUGACAAAGAUGGAAUUGGUGAUGCAUGCGAUGAUGAUGAUGACAGUGAUGGUGUAGAUGAUGAGAAGGAUAAUUGCCCUCUGCUGUUCAAUCCACGCCAGUUUGAUUAUGACAAGGAUGAGGUCGGAGAUCGCUGUGAUAACUGCCCCUACGUGCACAACCCUGCUCAGAUUGACACAGACAAUAACGGGGAAGGUGAUGCUUGUGCUGUGGAUAUUGAUGGUGAUGAUGUUUUUAAUGAGCGAGACAACUGUCCCUACGUCUAUAACACUGACCAGCGGGACACUGAUGGGGAUGGAGUAGGGGAUCACUGUGAUAACUGCCCCUUAGUGCAUAAUCCUGACCAGACUGAUGGGGAUAAUGAUCUCGUUGGAGACCAGUGUGAUAACAAUGAGGACAUAGAUGAAGAUGGUCAUCAAAACAACCAAGACAAUUGCCCCUACAUCUCCAAUGCCAAUCAGGCAGACCACGACAGUGAUGGGAAAGGAGACGCCUGUGAUUCUGAUGAUGACAAUGAUGGCAUUCCAGAUGACAGGGACAACUGCCGGCUCGUGUUCAAUCCUGACCAGGAAGAUUUAGAUGGUGACGGACGAGGUGAUAUUUGUAAAGAUGAUUUUGACAAUGACAGCAUCCCAGAUAUUGAUGAUGUAUGUCCUGAAAACAAUGCCAUCAGUGAGACUGAUUUCAGAAAGUUCCAGAUGGUCCAUCUUGAUCCCAAGGGCACUACUCAAAUCGACCCCAACUGGGUUAUUCGCCACCAGGGCAAGGAACUAGUGCAGACUGCCAACUCUGAUCCAGGCAUUGCUGUUGGUUUCGAUGAGUUUGGCUCUGUUGACUUCAGUGGCACGUUCUAUGUCAAUACCGAUCGUGACGAUGACUAUGCUGGAUUUGUAUUUGGAUACCAGUCUAGCAGCAGGUUUUAUGUGGUUAUGUGGAAGCAGGUCACCCAGACUUACUGGGAGGACAAACCCACCAGGGCUUAUGGCUACUCUGGCGUAUCCCUCAAAGUGGUGAACUCCACAACCGGGACCGGAGAGCAUUUGAGGAAUGCUCUAUGGCACACGGGAAAUACAGAUGGGCAGGUGAGAACUUUGUGGCAUGACCCGAAAAAUGUAGGCUGGAAGGAUUACACUGCCUACAGGUGGCAUCUAACCCACAGGCCCAAAACAGGUUACAUAAGAGUACUAGUGCAUGAAGGGAAACAGGUCAUGGCAGACUCUGGACCAAUUUAUGACCAGACUUAUGCUGGUGGACGGUUAGGUCUCUUUGUCUUCUCUCAAGAAAUGGUCUUCUUCUCCGACCUCAAAUAUGAAUGCCGAGAUGUCUGAACUGUGGUUGCCGCAUUGUCAACAAAGUGUUGUUCAGGCUGUGCUUACUGGAUGCCUCAGCACUCCCUGGUAUUUCCAGCCUUUCCCUGUGCCCUUCUGCUCCUUUUCUUAGUUUGUCUUUUCCUUUGAGUGAAUUUCCCCUUUGUCCUCUCCGGAGCCGUUCAGUCAAACCCAAUGGCUUUUGAGAACUCAUAUCUAUGGAUCCCAACUGUUGAGUGUCCAACCUUCUCCAGAAGCAAAAGGAGAUUGAACCCUGAGGCCUGCCUUUAGAGUGAAAUCGGAGCAAGGUUGAGGUCAUUGCUUCUGUUUUUUUUUCCCCACAAGAAUGACGUUUACAUAGAAAGUGUAAUUAAAAUAUUUAUAGAGCGCAGAGCUAAAAGAAUUUACUGCAGUUCAUUCAUUGUCUUAACAAAGCAGGAGAAAGUGUGAAACCACUUUAAUCAUUUACCACUGAACUCUUUUUGGAUCCACUAACCACCCUACCCCAGACACCUAACUAUUUUGUGAGCUGAUGAAGAAAAGAGUCAAAACCAACAAUGGAUUAUUUGAUAGAGGAUAGAGGAAAGAUCAAAGGAGAAAAUGGCUUGAUAUCAAGAGGUGAAAGAUGUUUCUAAAAUCAUCCAUUUCUCAUCAAGACCAAAGGGCUGAUGUGGCUUGGUUAAAUGUAUGUAAUUUGGUGCCUGACCCAAAAUUAUGACCAGCUAAUGGGAUUUAGCCAGUCAGAAUUCAGUUCAAAAUUUGUUUUUGUGGUACUGAACCCAAAGGUACCAAAGCAGAGAGUCUCAAUUUAAGGAUGUUGUUCUUCCCAUCAUAAUGAUUUAAAAACUCAUCAGUUUGUCCAGGUCUUGGGUAGCUUUGUAUUCCACGACAGCCUGAGAUGGGUUUUUGCCCAUUCCACUUUCCCAUCUCUGCUGCUGAAAUUAGUAAAAAAAAAAAAAAAAAAAGCACUUUGACAUCUAGGUCAAAGGAAAGAUGGCAGUGUUUCUGCUACUCGAUUUGGUAACACAUUGAAUUAAGGUUCCAGUUAUAAAUGAUUUGUUCAUAUUUUUUAGGUGAUUAUAAAAUGCAGUUAGACUUGAUAACUUAUUUUAAGCAUGCCGUAAGUGCAGCUGGAGAAAAUAAGGUAUAACAAGCAUAUAAUAACAUGUAGAUACUGUUCAAACAUUGUAUAUGCCUGUUGAAAAACAUGGUUUUAUACUACUAGUACUAUUAUUUUGUUUAAAAGCAUGCUAUAAAAUAUCAUAUGAAUAAAUAAAUGAUUGCUAUUUUUAUAAAUGGAACCUUAAUAUAUACUGUUACCUAUAACUGUAAUGCAAUAUUUUAUAUCAUUUCCUGUCUGCUGUAUAUAGAUAGAAGGUUUUUUUGUUGUUUUAAUACUGAAAGAUACCAGUGUUUAACCAAAUCAGGUACAUCAGUUAAUCAGUUAUACAAUACUAUACAAUUGCUUGAUGUUUCUUUUUGCUUUAAGUUGCAUGAACCCUGUCCAGAGGGAAUGCUUUCUGGGUGGAUGCCACAGAGAGAGUUUCCAAAGAGAUUCACCCCUCUGGCGAACAGUGGGCAAAGGGAGACAUGGGCUGCUUUGGUUUCUCCCUCCUUCCAUUCCUCUUUUCCUUCCUCCCUCCAUCUCAAUCUCCCUCUCCCACUCCUUUCCUCUCCCCCACCCAACUUCCCUCCCUCCACCCUCUUCUUUUUGAAGGCAAUUCCAGCUCUAGCUAUGAGAGAGAAUCCACAGCUUCUGAUUCUGUUGCACAAUUCGUAUUAACAAAACUCAUUUUAUACUCCUCCUUAGGAGGGCUUUGGAUUCUGUUGCAGUUCAGACUUUUGCUGCCUUUAAACCUUGUAUCCUUUAAGUCCAGUUAAGAAUGGGGCUGGAGGGCUGGGUCAGGGGGCUUCAUUAAAUGUAACUAUUGUAAUGGAGUUUUUGUUACUGUGUCAGAACAAGACAUCAGUGUGGGAACGAUGAUGUUAAUAUUUAGACUGUAUCAUAUUUUCCUGUGUAAAUUAUUUAUGGUGUCUUUCAAACCUUUCCCAUCGGAUGCAAAUUGAUGAAACUUCAUUUAUUUUGCCAAAAAUUGUAAAUAAUUAUUUAUUUGUUUACUUGGAUGAAGUUUCAUUAUCGACCAGCUUUCAUUUAGCUAGAGCCUCAUUUUUAUACUUUAAAGUUUAAUAAUGGGAAAUAAAUUGUAAAGAAGGUUUUAUAUUAAAAAGAAAUUUCUCUUUA